AUGUCUACAGAAGAACGCGAAUCCGGCCACGACGAGGAGGCUUCUCUGCCCCUCGUCAACAGCGGUGGUGCCCCAAGGUCCAAGCCUGCUCCCAGCAUAGCUAUUCCACAGGCAAUUUAUGUGAUCUCGUUGGUCAUUCUCUUUAAUAAAUGGAUUCUAGACACUCUGAACUUUCGGUAUCCUGUUAUACUUACGACGUACCACCUCGUCUUCGCCACGGUCAUCACCCAGCUGCUGGCGCGAUGGACAACCCUUCUUGACGGCCGGCGCAGCGGCAAAAUGACCCGCGAAGUGUACAUUCGUGCCGUCGUACCUAUUGGCAUCUUCUUCAGUCUGAGUCUCAUCUGUGGCAACCUGGCCUAUCUCUACCUCUCGGUCGCUUUCAUCCAGAUGCUAAAGGCAAUGACACCCAUGGCGGUACUGCUGGCCGGCUGGGCGCUCGGUGUGUCGCAGCCGGAUCCGAAAAAGUUUCUCAAUGUCUCCAUCAUUGUCGGAGGCGUCAUCAUUGCAUCUUUCGGUGAGAUCAACUUUGUCCUCGCUGGUUUCCUCAUCCAGGUUGCUGGGCUUAUUUUCGAGGCGCUGCGCCUGACAAUGGUGCAGCGCCUUCUGAGCUCCGCCGAGUUCAAGAUGAAUCCGCUCGUGUCGCUGUACUACUUUGCGCCCGUGUGCGCAGCUAUGAAUGCCGUGAUUGCGUUAUUUUGGGAGGUUCCCAAGGUUGCCAUGGCUGAGGUCGUGCACGUCGGCCUGUUCACCUUUUUCCUCAACGGCCUCUGUGCUUUUAUGCUCAAUGUGUCGCUGGUGCUCCUAAUUGGCAAAACAUCUACCGUGGUGCUAACUUUAUGCGGCGUGCUUAAGGAUAUUAUUCUAGUCGUCUCCUCCAUGGCUAUUUGGGGCACACCGGUGACGGGGCUACAGGCUUUUGGCUACUUCAUUGCACUGUGCGGCAUGGUCUAUUAUAAGCUCUUAUAA